AUUCAGUGUAACCAGCCAUGUUGGGCAGUGACAGAUUAUUUAGUGUUUACACGUAAAGUUUUUUAGUUAAAAAUAUUGUUAAGUGUGUUGUUAAGUGACUUAUUAUUGGAUUAAUCAUGACGGCCACAACGGAGUCAGCCAAUUGGGGCACAGAAUUAUGGGACCAAUACGACAACUUGUCACUUCACACAAUGAAAGGAAUAGAUUUUUUAGAAAAAUAUGGCAACUUCGUUAAGGAUAGAGCAAUUAUAGAAUGUGAAUAUGCCAGUAAAUUAAGGAGAUUAGUCAAAACCUACCAACCUAAGAAAAAGGACGAAGAAGAAUACCAAUACACACCAUGUAAGGCGUUUAAAGCAUUAAUGCACGAAGUCAACGAUUUAGCAGGUCAGCAUGAAGUGGUAGCUGAAGACCUACAGGCAAAAGUUAUUAGGGAGUUGUCAGUGUUAGUAAAGGACCUUAGAGAGGAAAGAAAGAAACAACUUCAAGAAGGCCACAGGUUAUCUCAAUCAUUACAAAUACAGAUAGAAAAUUUGCACAGAGCAAAAAAGGCUUACGAUAAAGCGUUUAAAGAUUCGGAAAAGGCACUGGAAAGCUUCCAAAAGGCUGAUGCAGAUCUUAACUUAUCUAGAGCAGAGGUUGAAAAACAACGAUCAAACUUGUCGCACAAAUCGCAAACUUGCGAGUACGCGAAAAACGAGUACGCCGUGCAGCUGCAACGGACAAACGAACUGCAACGCGAGCAUUUCCGAACAGGUUUGCCCGAGGUGUUCCGAUCCUUGCAGGAGCUCGACGAAAAACGGAUAAAGAACAUCAAGAAUUUCAUACAAAGUUCCGUGGUCAUCGAACGAAACGUUUUUCCAAUCAUCAACAAGUGUCUCGAUGGUAUACUUAAAGCUGCCGAUAUAAUCAACGAAAAAGAGGAUACGAUGUUGGUAAUAGAACGGUAUAAGUCCGGUUUUGUGCCGCCUGAAGAUUUUCCCUUCGAGGACCUAUCGAAAGGAAUAAGUGAUACCGGUAGUGCUACCAAUAUAAAUAAUAUAGCGCAUAGUGGUAAAUUGAAGGAUGGUGGUUACACGGUGAAAGGAACAAUAACUGGAAAGGCCUUGAAGAAACGCGUCGGUAUUUUCCAGAUUUUCGGAAGUCGAGGGCUUACAGAAGUCUGUAUGGCGAUAAAGAAUGCUGCAAUUUCUGAUGGAAAGGAGGACCUUAGCGACCUUCCUCCCAACCAAAGGCGGAAAAAGCUUCUACAAAAAAUCGAAGACCUGAAAGUUAAAGUGGCUCAAGAAACUGCGGCACGUGACGGCCUUAUGAAGAUGAAAACGGUAUACGAAGCAAAUCCUGCAUUAGGAGAUCCAAUGUCGAUAGAAGGACAACUGAAUGAGUGCUAUCAGAGGCUGGACAAGUUCCAGAACGAGCUGAAACGGCACCAGGGCUACCUGGAGGACGCGAUGAAAGGAAUCCAGUCGGGAGGUGGCGGACAGAACAACUCGCUGACAAACUCCCCCAGGUUAACGAACGGCGCGCGGCGCCACAGGAAUUCGGGCGGCAGCGCCGCCGAGGAGGAGUCCCUCAGCAGGUCUGCGAGCGACAGUAGCGUCACGAAUCCCACGCUGAACCAUAACAAACAAUCGGCACCCGGCACACCUCAGCUUAACAAUCACGGUUGUUCCAAUAGCCCGGAAAGUGGACUGGGCACGUCGCACACAUCCCUGCCCGGAGUCGAUUCUGAUCCUGAUCAGUACGACGGAAACGGAGUCGAUCCGGACAGCGAGUUCUAUGAAGCUGACAUGCUGCCAUCUAUAGGAACCUGCAAGGCUCUCUACGCUUUUGAAGCAACAAGUGAAGGUAGUAUACCAAUGGAACAGGACGAGGAGCUACAUUUAAUUGAAUUAGAUCAAGGUGAUGGUUGGACAAGGGUAAGACGUAAAGAUGGUGAAAAUGAAGAAGGUUUUGUUCCCACUUCGUACAUUGAAACAACAUUAUUUAACACUUAAAUUAUUGCAAAGUAUAAAGAAGAUUUUUUGUGUAAGAGAAAAAUAUAUGUUUUCUAAUUAUUCUUGCAAUGUGUUUUGCUCAGUUUGUAAACAUAACUUGUGAUCAAAAUAUGUAGGGAAACAGUGGAAUUUACUUAAAAAUUUAAAAUAAUUGAAUGCUUCAUUUAGUAACUUACUUGAAUUAAAUUUUUGAUGAAACAAAUAGUAAUGAACAAGCACAAGAACAAAUUUUUAAUUAUUGUAAUGUUUUGCGUCCAUAUAGCUAAAGUAUUGCUUGUCGCGAUAUAUUGAUAUUCGCUUAGCACAAUUCUAUUAAGUUGAAUAUUUGUUACUGCUAUAAUUGUUGCAUCGUUUUCUACAGUCUGUACAUUUCUAGCGAGAAUGUAGCUAACCCAUGAUAUAUCGCAAGCAAUUAAAGGGGGUCACCCUAAAUAGAAUUAAGAAAUUUUUUUGGGGGUAUUUAUUAUUCAAUUUUGUAUUAUUAAGAAAAUACUUUGAAUUAACAAGAAUUUUAAACUUCUAUUUACAGUAACCCCUUAAACAUAUUUAAUAUUGCCUGUGAUACAUUGGGUUGGGUUUUCUGUAUAUGCCCAUUAUAUUAUUACUAAUAUUAUCUAUUAUUAAUCAAUACUUGUAAUAUACUAGUUAUAGUUUUAUCAUUUAAUUUUUUAUAAACAAUCAAAAUAUGAAUAAAUUCUCGUCCUCUUGGUAUGGAUAAACAUUAUAUAGGUAAGAACACUAUCAUAUUUUGUUCAUUAUUGUUUAAACUGUUGAUGUAAAUAUCCAUUUUUAUUCAGUAGUAACAUGUGAUCAUUAAAUAGAAACAUACUAUAUAUUUUUAUUAUUUAAAAUUUAUUUUUAUUGUAAAAUUUUCAUUUAUAGAUAGAUUUUGAUUUAUUUGAAGGAAUUUGUGGUGCAGUGCGAAAAAAUUUCAGUUGUUUCAAAUUAAACGCGAGUUUUGCUCAGGCUUUGGUGGGCUUUUAAGGAACGUUUUAAAAUGUAUUUUUGGAUAUCAAAGUAAAAUAGUUUUAUUAUAAUUAUAUCAUGCUCAUAUCAUCUCAUUUCAUGUAAUAGAUAAUAGAAAACAUUUAAGUGGUGGUCAAAAUAUGCAAUAAGUACAUACUUUUCCUAUGUAUAAAUUUAUUGACUAUUAAAAAUGUUAAUUCUGUAUUGUUAUGGAUUGUGAACAGUAGAUUCAUGCAUAUCAUUAUCAUUGUUCGUAGAAAUCCUCCUUAAAAGCUCAUUUAAAUGUAUAUUGUAUUUGGAGUGUAUGUCAAUCACGCUAAAAUUUAUUAUUGAAACAUUGUAUAUGACUGAUCAUUGUAUUAUAAAUAAAUUUAGCAUG